GAAACAGCAUUGAAUAUUAUAAUGCCACAAAAGAUCUCUAUAUAUAAACGAUAUAUAUGAUAUUAAUGAGAAGCCACAUGUCAUAUCGUAUCAUUUAAAUCAACUAAACCUUCCAUUUUUUCUCUCUCACACUCUUCUACUAAUCCCUCUUAACAUUUACAUCUAAAUAUUUUUCUUCGUUGAACAUACGUUAUAUAUUUUUUUUUUGCUUAAAGUCAAUCUAAAUUUUCUUUUAAGCCCUCAACUUUGGAGAGUUUGGAAACUAAACCCGUAGAAGAAAAGACAUGAAAAAGGGGUUGGUAGUUGAAUCUGGGUAUGUUUUCGAUGAAGAGACCAGCCUCACUGUCUCAAAAACCUCUCUUUUCUUCGCCGGAGAUGGCUUCACCGUCUACGAUUCAAGAGGUGAACUAGUCUUCCGAGUUGACUCGUACGGACACAAUAUUCGUGAUAAAGACGAACUCGUUCUAAUGGACCCUCACGGCCGUUGUCUCCUAACUGUUCGCCGGAAGAGGCCGAGUCUUCAUCAACGGUGGGAAGGGUACUUAGGGGAGAGAUCGGAGGGUCAGAAACCGAUCUUCAGUGUACGGAGAUCAUCAAUAAUCGGACGGUCGAGCGUGGUGGUUGAGGUUAUGGGAAACCCAGAAGAGGAGUAUCAGAUCGAAGGGUCAUUUGGUCAACGAAAUUGCACGAUCUUUAACGCAGCGAAGGAAUCAGUGGCUGAGAUUAAACGCAAAGUUGAUACUUCAACCAAUGUGGUGCUUGCUAAAGACGUUUUCUCUCUUUGCCUUAAGCCCGGUUUCGAUGGAGCCUUUGCCAUGGGAUUAGUCCUCAUUCUUGAUCAGAUCAACGGUGACGAUUUCUUCAACGUUGGAGGAGGAGGAGAAGAGCUUGAUUAAAAGAAAAAACAAUUAAUAACUUAAAUUAAACUAAAAAAAAAAAUUGAACUAAGUACACUAAUUAUGUAUCGUAUCUUUGUAAUGUUUGUGGUUUGGGUUUUGUGUUUUUUUGGAGCAAAAAAACAAAAUUAAUAAAAAAAAUUGAGGGAAGUGAUGAAAAA